AUGCCCCCCAAACAACCACUCGAUUCUACAAACCAUAAGUCGAACAAGCGAGAUACGAAAACGAACACCUGCAAGUUCUGCAAGGGACGUUCUCCUGCUGAAGGACUCGAUCGAGUCCUCCCAGUACUGUCUCGACGUUUUGGCGUCGUGGGGACGACGGUUAUUCUCUGCCUCGAUUGCAGACGCAAAGAGUUUGCCAUCAAAAGCGAGCCCUAUCCUCCAACAGUCGAGUCGUAUAUGGACACCGCCUACGGAGGCAGGAUCGUGCCUCGGAUCAACGAGAACGAGGCGAGAUUGCAUUAUUGCUUGAAAGACGACCAGUUUCGAAACUUGCAUCACAUCAUCGUACGUCCUGUCAGAACAUCCCGUGACCCCUACGAAGUCAUGUUGUACGACGAAAAAGCCAUUCUCAAACAAGCUCGGUGGGUACACGGCGGUGACGUCGGAAUCGCGAAUGCCCGUCAGUUCUUUGCUGGCCAAGGAGAGCUUGUCGAGCUGCCCCCUGUUGGACCUGUCCUGGAGAGACGGAACAAGAUCCGACAGGCGUUCUUGAUGAGAAAGGUCUAUGCGUCCUCAAGGUUACCUCAAAUCAGGGACUAUGUCAAAACUGGACGGGGAAACUUCGAGGAGAUAGUCGACACCUUGGCUGUCUAG